CGAGCUCAUCACUGAAGACUCUUAACCCUUGAAGAAAACCUCCUCUUCGGCUCUUCCCCUCUCUCUGAGUCCUGCAGACUGGAGUGGAGUCCAAACGAGGAGGGAUAGGGUUUUAGAAGGGUAACGAGUUAACUCCAAACACAGACAAUUAUGGCGAGAUCGGUAAGAUCUUCUGCAACUCGUCUCCUUUAUGCUCUAAGCUCAGAGAGCACCCUUUCCUCUUCGUCAUCGCCGUUUGCUGUUCUCGUAUUCGAAAAUGGCCAACGACGGAGAUUCUCUGUGGGUAAUUUGGCUCGAGCCAAGGAAGAAAAGGAAGCUUGGUGGAAGGAAGCCAUGGAGAAGCUUCGGAACAUUGGUAUUUCUGCACAUAUUGAUUCGGGUAAGACUACACUCACUGAACGGGUUCUGUAUUAUACUGGAAGAAUUCACGAGAUUCAUGAGGUUAGAGGAAGAGAUGGUGUUGGUGCAAAGAUGGAUUCCAUGGAUUUAGAAAGAGAGAAGGGUAUUACGAUCCAAUCUGCUGCCACUUACUGCACCUGGAAUGGUUAUCAGGUUAAUAUAAUUGACACUCCAGGCCAUGUCGAUUUCACCAUUGAAGUAGAAAGGGCUCUACGUGUUCUUGAUGGUGCCAUACUUGUCCUUUGUAGUGUUGGUGGUGUACAAAGUCAGUCUAUUACUGUUGAUCGGCAAAUGAGAAGAUAUGAAGUUCCUAGGGUUGCAUUUAUUAACAAACUUGAUCGUAUGGGAGCAGACCCAUGGAAGGUCCUCAGCCAGGCAAGGUCUAAACUCCGACAUCAUAGUGCAGCAGUGCAAGUUCCUAUAGGAUUGGAAGAGGAUUUUCAGGGUCUCGUGGACCUUGUCCAGUCAAAAGCUUUGUACUUUCAUGGUUCCAGUGGUGAGAACAUUGUCAUCUCAGACAUUCCUACCAAUAUGGAGGCUUUAGUUGCAGAAAAGCGGCGUGAACUAAUAGAAGUGGUGUCUGAGGUUGAUGAUCAACUUGCUGAAGCUUUCCUUAAUGAUGAGCCUAUAUCGCCUAAUGAUCUUGAGAUGGCAAUCCGCAGGGCUACAAUUGCACGCAAAUUUGUACCAGUGUUCAUGGGUAGCGCGUUCAAAAACAAGGGAGUACAACCUCUGCUUGAUGGGGUGAUUAGUUAUUUGCCAUGUCCAGCUGAAGUUAGUAAUUAUGCUCUUGACCAAACCAAGAAUGAAGAGAAGGUUACAUUAUCUGGAACUCCAGUUGGACCUCUUGUCGCAUUAGCUUUCAAGUUGGAAGAAGGGCGUUUUGGUCAGUUGACUUAUUUAAGGAUCUACGAAGGUGUAAUCCGAAAGGGUGACUUUAUAAUCAACAUAAACACUGGCAAGAAAAUUAAGGUUCCUCGUUUGGUACGUAUGCAUUCUGAUGAGAUGGAGGACAUUCAAGAGGCACAUGCUGGGCAAAUAGUUGCUGUAUUUGGUGUGGAUUGUGCAUCAGGAGACACCUUUACUGAUGGAUCAGUUAAAUACACUAUGACUUCUAUGAGUGUCCCUGAGCCAGUAAUGUCAUUAGCUGUUUCACCUGUGUCCAAAGAUUCUGGUGGACAAUUUUCGAAAGCACUGAAUCGCUUUCAGAGAGAGGAUCCAACUUUUCGUGUUGGUUUGGAUGCUGAGAGUGGGCAGACAAUAAUUUCGGGAAUGGGAGAGCUACAUUUGGACAUUUAUGUUGAGCGCAUGAGGAGGGAGUAUAAGGUCGAUGCAACUGUUGGAAAGCCUCGUGUUAACUUCAGAGAGACUGUUACUCGGCGUGCUGAAUUUGAUUAUUUGCAUAAGAAGCAAACUGGAGGACAGGGUCAGUAUGGAAGAGUAUGCGG